AAACCAAUACAUCGGAGGAACCGGUAUGUGACGUCACUGAAGAUGGUGGUGGGCGCCUUUCCCAUAGCCAAGCUCCUCUAUCUCGGGGUCCGGCAGAUCAGUAAGCCGCUGGCCAACCGGAUCAAGGCUAGAGCACUCCGGAGCGAAUUCUUCCGGACCUACGUGUGUCUACCGCCCGCCCAGUUUUAUCACUGGGUGGAGAUGCGGGCGAAGAUGAGGAUUAUGGGAUUCCGUGGAGCGGCCAUUAAGCCCCUGAACGAGGACACAGCGGCGGAUCUGGGGGCGGAGCUUCUGGGAGAAGGCAUUAUCUUCCUGGUGGAGGGUGGCUGUAUGGUAUUGGACUAUUCCCGGCAGGCGGCCAACAGCCGCCGGAAGGAGGAGGAAAUGGAGGCCAGACUGAAGGCCAUGGAGGCCGAGAUCGCCCACCUGGGACUGCAGACAGACGAGCUGGACGCCCGCGCCCGGGCCGCGGAGAGGCAACAAACGGCAGCCAAGUGAAGGCGCUGGUCUGU